UCAGAAGUCGGUGCAAAUUCGUAUCGGGGAAUAUUCUACAUUCAUUGAGGUUACACCAGUAAUUAAAAUUAGCGGGAUCACCAGCAAUGAAAUUAUUGACCAUUUAUCUCUUCGCGAUUUUGUCAUCCGAUGUCAUUUCCACAUCAGUAGAUCUAAAUGCGCAAAAGGUAACAAACGCGAUUAAGAAGCGCAAUUGGAAUGAAACAUUCCAGUUAAAAGAUUUGAAACGCAAUGUUCCGUCCCGUAGGAAGGCACCUCAGUUCAUGAUGGAGUUAUAUGAUGCUGUUGCAGACUCAAACGGGACGCUGAAAAAGACAAAAGUGCUGGAGGGAAAUAUUGUUAGAAGUUUUGAAGGACAAUCCAGUGGGUCAUAUCACUUCUUUAAUUUAACAUCAUUUAGACAGGACGAGCGGGUGAUUAAAGCAGAAUUCCGAUGGUUUCGACGCACACGGCCUUUUAUGGGACGUCAUUAUUUUUACAAAGUUGACAUAUAUGAAGUGCUGGACAGCAGAACAAAACCUUGGCGAGUAAAUUUGAUAAGCUCAAGAUUAUUACCUGUAUACGCCAAAGGAUGGGAGGUGUUCAACAUCACAGAAAUGGUGACUAAAUGGAUUCUUAACAGCGGCACAAAUAACGGCGUCCUGGUCGUUACAGCUUUACCGUCCGGUAACUGGUUGGAGACCAGCAUUCAGGUGGACGAGCAGUCAGAGGAGAAAAACGUGUAUUUGGUUAUUUAUUCAGACGACGGACGAAAGCACUUCCAAAAUCCACCUUUCUACACAGGACAAAAUAUCAACUCAACUCUUAAAUUCCUCGAGACUAUAGAAAGUUUAGUGAAGUCUUCAAUGCGCAAGCACAGGAGUGUGCGCUCAUUAACUUCUACAUGCCAGAGAACAAACCUCUAUGUGGACUUCACUAAAAUUGGCUGGUCUGGGUGGAUAAUAUCUCCAAGAGGGUACAACGCAUACAGCUGUAUAGGUUCCUGUCCGUUUCCACUGGGUGAAGGUCUACGAGCUACUAAUCAUGCUACCGUGAGAGCCAUCAUGAACGCGCUGAAACUGUCUCAGGAGGCGGGAAAGCCAUGCUGUGUACCUGAUGUGCUUCACCCUAUCAGUCUCCUGUACUUCGAUGACGAAGAAAAUGUCGUUCUGAAACAGUAUGACGACAUGGUUGCGGGCAAUUGUGGUUGCCAUUAAAAUACAGAAUGGCAAGAUGUAAAUGUACUGGUUGAUGUAGGCCCUACUAUUUAUUUUGAAACGUCACGUACACCACAUUUACUCUCAA